CAGAGUCUUUCCAGGCGAGUUGCGUCAUGAAGGCGAUGGAUGGUUACGGUGUUGGGACGGUGACCGUUGCUGGGCUCAGCUACGGAGGCUUCGUGGCCUACUCGUUGGCGGCGCAGUUUAAGGAGAGGAUAGAUCGGGUUGUGCUAAUAUGCGCCGGGGUUGCUCUGGAGGAGAAAGACGUGGAGGACGGGAUGUUUAAAGUGAAGAACCCGGAGGAGGCGGCUACUCUUUUGUUCCCUCAGUCUCCUUCCAUGCUCCGGCGGCUUCUCCAGUUAUCUUUCUAUAAACCGCCGAUUUGGAUACCUUCUUGCUUUGCCAUGGACUACAUUCAUGUAAUGUGUAAAGAUUAUCUUCAAGAAAGGAAAGAACUUGUGGAAGCUCUGCAUAAGGGUAGAAGAUUCUCCAACCUUGCAAAGAUAACACAGCCGACGUUGAUUAUAUGGGGAGUGGAAGAUCAAGUUUUUCCAGUGGAAUUAGCUCAUCGAUUGCAAAGAUAUUUAGGGGAAGACAGAGCACAACUGGUGUUACUAAAGAAGACAGGACAUGCGAUAAAUGAAGAGAAACCAAAAGAGAUGUACAAACACAUGAAAUCUUUUCUUUGCACUGACGCUCUAGCUAUGAUGAUUCCUUCUCCAGAUGACAGUGCUAAUAAGAAAGAGUCAUGUUAGCUAACCUGAUAUCCCCAGAUCAUCAGCAGAUGAACAAGUGAUGCGUACUUAGUACUUGCCAAGUAGUGUUAAACUGUUUAUUAGUUAGGCAUAAUUAAAUCAUUGUUCAGCUUGUUCCCACUUCCCACAGUGUGUGUGAUUGAUUACUGAUGUGUCAUUUAUAUUAUUAUUUACUGGUGAAAAGACAUUGCUUCAAGUUGGAAUUUAAGUAUACUUU